AUGAUCAUCCGAGGACUCUUUUUGGUUUUAUUGAUUUCCCACUCAAUUCAAGCCAUUCAGGCUCAAUCACAACAGGUAUUAUUCGGAUUCAAGGCGGCGGGCAAAUGAGUUUUUUCACUUUCAGAAUGUCUCUUCCGCCUCCUUCUCCAGCACGACGACCUCUUUCAAUGCUACCACUUCUUCUUCUUCUUCUUCUUCGACCCGUUCCCACUCAACCACUCCUCUCUCUUUCCCGCCAAACUCAACUCGUGUCCCAACAACAACCACAGCGGAACCCGGCGGCUGUUCCGUGAACCGAUCGGCCGGAAACUGUCUGUACUCGAUAAAAGGAGUCCCCCGCAACCUGCACGUCUACAUCGGAUGGACAAUUAUUGCCGCGUUCAUCGUCGGUCAAACCAUUCAUUACUUCUACUUGGAGGCCCAACAGGCAAAGGUUUGUUUGGGAAAUCAGCGAACGAAACGUCUAACCCUCUAGCAAGAAGAAUUUUACAAAACAUUCUCGAUAAUUCUUCGAUAGUCUUCAUGCCCACCAUUUGCAAAGAGUUUGCAGAGUCCGUGACAAAAGGUCGGAACGACAAAAUGUCGGAAAAAAAUUACAAAAAGUCAGAAAACAGGUAUUUUAGCAGUUUUUCCGACCUUUUUGGCUUUCCGACCUUUUGUCACGGACUCAGUUUGCAGAUCCACGCGGAAAAGUACCCGCCACGCCCGCCUGGACCGGCUGCGAGUCAAGAAGAAGCGGAGAAGGACAAGGAGAUGCAGCAGAUGCAGGCGUUCGGAAUCGCCACCAAAUCGGUAGGGAGCACCGGCGUUCCCCCCGUCCAACCGGUGCUGACGCCUCUUUCAGUACCACGUGUCGACAGUCCGCACUCCGCACGGUCCCGUCACGACGGUCCUCGAGAAACGUCCGCUGCGUCCCGUGUUCCCGACGCAUCCGCUCACGCCCGCGCCCAUCUAUCAGAGCCACGUGAAAACGGUGCAGAAGGACGAGGCGAUAGCGCUUCAGGCAAAGGUCUCCGUGGAUAAGUGGGGCCGCGGGCCGGAGCUGCUCUCGCUGAUCAACGAGACGGCGGUGCCGUACGGACAGACCGAGGAACGCGCCCGAUUUGUGAUGGAACUCGUGCAGAGACACGUGGAGAAGAUGCGCGAGCUGAAGGUUUUCGUGCAGGGACUCGUCGAGGAGAAGCUGCGCAUCUGGUGCGGGUCGGACAACAUUGAAGCGGAGAACUUCACGGACGUCAGUUUGGAUCUGAAGUUGGAGGUCUCCGCGCCCGUCCAACUUCUCGUCUCGGUGUUCACCGUCAAGCUGGACGGACAGCCGCCGCAGCAGCAGAAGUCCGCCGCUCCGAUUCCUCUUCCGCCGGCCCGAGUUUCAGAGUGAGUCUCCAGUGCUCUUUUCUCUAUUUCCCCUGCCUAGACUGACCUCGAUCCCGAACAAAGAGACCCCGAAACAGCCGGACGCCGAGUCGAUGGCCGUCAAAAAGGCUAGCAACCGGGACGAGCUGGCCCCGCCGCUUCUGCUUCAAACCGCUCAAAACUCGCUGGGAAGAGAGAAGCCGAACGAGAAAAAUGUGACGCCGGUAGGCUUUCCGAGCGAGAUUUUACGAAACAAUUGGACAAUUUUCAGAAAGUCUCACCCAUUCCGAGCACUCCUGCACCGCCGGAAAAGCCCUCGUCGGAGCAAAUGGCUCUUCAGAAGAGGAAAAAGACGAAGGAGUCGACGUCCGGACACAGUACCCAUCCGUCAUCGAAAUAA